GUUCCUGUCCUUGCUACAUGACUUGCCAGCGCUUGAGACUGCGGUCCAACUGCGCUGCCGCCGCCGCCGCCGGUGGUACCGCCGCCGCUGCCUCCGCCUCGGCCGCCGCCGCCUCCGCCGCCGCCCCGCGCGCCUCUCCCUCGGCCGCUGCAACUUUCCCCCUCAGACUAGUGUGUGAUGUUGGACAUGGGAGAUAGGAAGGAAGUGAAAAUGCUGCCGAAAUCCUCCUUUAGCAUAAACAGCCUGGUGCCCGAAGCCGUCCAGAGCGACAACAACCACAGCAGCCACAGCCACCACAACAGCCACCACCCCCACCACCACCAUCACCACCACCACCACCACCACCACCCGCCGCCGCAGCAGCAGCCCCAGAGAGCCGCCGCGGCCGAGGAGGAGGACGAGGAGAAGGGCCAGCUCCUCCUGCCACCCCCCCCGGCCGCCGCCGCCGCCUCCGGCGCCCUGGAGGUGGCCAAAGCGGACAUGCUGGCGGGCAAAGGCGACGCGGGCGCGGCGGCGACGGCGGAGCUGGAGGAGAAGGAGAAGGUGGCGGAGGAGAAGAAGGGGGCGGCCGAGGGGGCCAAGGACGGGGAGAGCGGGAAGGAGGGGGAGAAGAAGAACGGGAAGUACGAGAAGCCGCCGUUCAGUUACAACGCGCUGAUCAUGAUGGCCAUCCGGCAGAGCCCCGAGAAGCGCCUCACGCUCAACGGCAUCUAUGAGUUCAUCAUGAAGAACUUCCCCUACUACCGGGAGAACAAGCAGGGCUGGCAGAACUCCAUCCGCCACAACCUCUCCCUCAAUAAGUGCUUCGUCAAGGUGCCCCGCCACUACGAUGACCCGGGCAAAGGGAACUACUGGAUGCUGGACCCUUCCAGCGACGACGUCUUCAUCGGGGGCACCACCGGCAAGCUCCGCCGGCGCUCCACCACCUCGCGGGCCAAGCUGGCCUUCAAGCGGGGCGCCCGGCUCACCUCCACCGGACUGACAUUCAUGGAUAGGGCAGGAUCCUUGUACUGGCCUAUGUCCCCCUUCCUCUCCCUGCACCACCCCAGGGCCAGCAGCACUUUGAGUUACAAUGGGACCACCUCCGCCUACCCCAGCCACCCCAUGCCCUACAGUUCAGUGUUGACUCAAAACUCCUUGGGAAACAACCACUCCUUUUCCACGUCUAAUGGGUUAAGUGUUGAUAGACUAGUCAAUGGAGAGAUACCUUAUGCCACUCAUCACCUCACAGCAGCAGCUCUGGCCGCCUCAGUGCCGUGUGGCUUGUCAGUUCCUUGCUCCGGCACCUAUUCCCUAAACCCCUGCUCUGUAAACCUCCUAGCAGGACAGACGAGUUACUUUUUCCCCCAUGUUCCUCACCCUUCAAUGACUUCUCAAAGCAGCACUUCAAUGACGGCCAGGGCAGCCUCCUCCUCCACGUCGCCACAGGCGCCCUCCACUCUCCCCUGUGAGUCUUUAAGACCUUCUUUGCCAAGUUUUACAACGGGACUUUCCGGAGGACUUUCUGAUUAUUUCACACAUCAAAAUCAGGGGUCUUCUUCAAACCCUUUAAUACAUUAACAUCCAUGGGAUCAGACUGUAAGUGAACAUUUUACACACAUUUGCAUUGUAAAUGAUAAUUAAAAGGA